GUUCUCUGUGCUUGAAAUAGUAGUAGGCCAGUAAUUUUGACGUUUGAUAAUGCACCGUGAAUAGUAAACAAUGGCAGAAGAAGAGCGGUAAAAAGUAAACAAAAGAAACAAUCUUUUGCCUAUGACCAAUUUGAGAUAGUUUUCACUGAUAUCGGAACAUCACUAUAUCUACCGAAGAAAUCUAUUUGUCGGACAAUCGACUUUUAAAAGCAUUAAAAUUGUACCAUUUUUUAUAUCGAAAUAUUUUCGACAUCCCUAUUUUCAAAUUGUUCUGUCUUACCAAUAUAUAAUCACACAUUCUACAAAACUAUUUUUUACCGACUAAGACUUGAAUUAUCAAUACGGCAGUGGUGAAAAGUUCAGAUGGAUUUAUCAAAUAUAUGCCGUGCCUGUUUGUCGCCGGAAGAUCGGGUGCAUCUGCUAGAUUGGUAUCAGCCUGUUGACUCUUUGGAUAUAUCAUACAAAGAGUGUUUUUGUAAAUGUACACAAAUUAAUUUAAGUUUGAAAGAUGAUCCAAAUGAACUCGAUGAUGCCCGGAUGCAAUAUCUAUGCCUUGAUUGUGCCCAAAAACUUAAAGACGUUUAUGAUUUUAUUGAAAAGGCGAGAAGGGCUGAUAAUGAAUUACGUUGCACACAAACGGAAAAAGUGAAGAUAGAAAGUAUAGCCAACACUUUUGAAUGGGUUCCAGUACAUGAAGAGCUAAUGGAAGUAACUAAGAUGCCAGAUACUGAUCACGUAGAGGAUAUAAAAGUAUCACCAGAAUGGAAUGAACAUUUUAUGGAUGAUGAUGAAACAUCUGCAUCAAAUGAUAUCGAACACGAAAUAAAUAUUGAUAAAAAACUUAGUACUGACACUACAACAACAACAAAGUUUCUAGUUGAAUCGGAUAAGGAUAUGCAGAGCGGCAAUAACUUAAAUGAAGCUGGGCUGGUCUUAUCGAAAAAAAGUAAACAACUCAAUCUUGCUCAUACAAGACCUAAAAACGUAAAGAAAACAAACAAAGUAAAAUCCGAGGUGAAAACAAAAAAGAAAGUCAAGGACAGGUCUGAGCCGGUGAAGUGUGAAGAAUGUGGGAAAAUAAUGAAGAGAAGCUCAUUAAAAAAACUUAAGCAACGUCAUGAACCAAAAACUUUUCUUUGUCAGGCCUGCCCAAAAACAUUUAAGGAGUCAUGUGCCCUAAAAAAUCAUGAGCUCUGUCACAAUGAGAAUCGGGAAAGAUUUCCGUGCGACAUCUGUAACCAAAGCUUUUUAACUCCGUAUACAUACAAAAAACACAGGCUAACAGGUGAAAAAUUAUUUCUUCAUAAAAAUGGUCUAACAAUCCACGAGCUCCAUCACAAGGGAGCUACGAUACUGAAUGCAUUUAAGCAGAAAAAAUUAUGGAUGCAACCCGCCAGAGAGUGGGCAUCAACCGAGGUGAGCACCCGGGUACAGCAGAGACCGCCUAACAACAACAACAAGGUGGCCAACUUAAAGGCGAUCGACCACCUUACAACAACAUUAAGACGGCGAAAUUAAAGGCGGCCACACCGCCUAACACAAACAACACGGAAGCCACAACAGCAGCGACCACCUAACAACAACAAAAAGGCGGCCAACUUAAAGGCGACCUACCGCCUAACAACAACAACAAGGCGGCCACAACAGCAGCGAACGCCUAACAACGACAACAACAAGGCGUCCCCAACAGCAGCGACCGCCUAACAAGAACAACAAGGCGGAGAAAUUAAAGGCGGCCUCACCGCCUAACAACAAGAACAAGGCGGCCACAACAGCAGCGACCGCCUAACAACAACAACAAGGCGUCGAAAUUAAAGGCGGCCACACUGCCUAUUAACAACAACACACCAGCAGCAAGGAAAUAGAUGUAAGAAAUAGGAUUAAUUUAGUCGUAAGAAAAAUGAAUUUUUGUCAAUAAACUUAUAAUAGGGGUCUUCAUCUAAAGCGAUAAAGGGAUAAAUUGCUUAAAUUUAUCAGUUUAUCCGUCUUCUUUCAUGAAUGCACCUUCGUAAAUAAUUGCAUAAAACUAUUUAUUAUUUAACUUACAUAUAUGGCUAGUUACGUUUCAUUCUUACCUCGUAAGUUGUGUUCAUUUGCUUUUAUGUGUUCGUAGCAAAAGCGACUACCUGGCAACCUGUAAGGCUUGAAUUUGGCUGAAAUUUAUACAUUUAUCCACCAAAGUCGUUUGAGAAAGUGAUAAACUUUGGUUAAAUAGAUUUCCAUACAA